AGAAACGCACUCUGCUUUCAAUUGUAGACAGCGAUUGCAAACGCGAAACUCGACGCAAAGACCUUUAACCUUUAUAUCGGUAUUAAAUCAUAAACUUGGAGAUUCUUUGACUCCAUCAGAAUAUUGUUCAAUGUUUUCUUUCUCCCCUUCUCCAUUCUUUGCAGGUCGGUUUCUUUAAUUCUUUCCUCUGCUGUGUGUGUGGAUGAUUUGAAUAAUCAGACACCCCUUUAGACUCCACCAAAUCCCUACUAUUUCUGAGUCCUUGCCUUCAAUUAUAAUUCUAAAACCCUACAAUUUUGGGUAAUUUUUUUUUUUGAAUUUCCAGUUGCUUUUAAUUGUUGUUGGCAACUAUCGUGUGAAAGUCGACAACUUGCAGCAUAUUAAUGCUUUUUGUACCUUGUCUUUGUUGUGGUGCAUUAGUUAUGGCUUCUGGUGGCUGGAUGGGGCCAAAAAAAGGGUUAUAGAAAAUUGUAGAGUUUAAUUUGGCAAUUGGAUCUUUAUUUAUUGUUGUAGGUUUUUGAAGCUUGAUUGUUGAAGGAGGGGAAUGGAGGAGCCGGGGCAGCUGAAAAGGGCUUUGAUUGAUGCAUCUGCCGGCGCUAUUUCGGGUGGGAUUUCAAGAACUGUCACAUCGCCUCUUGACGUGAUUAAAAUCCGAUUUCAGGUUCAAUUGGAACCCACUACGCAAUGGGCUUUGCUUCGGCGAGAUGUGUAUAGUCAAUCAAAAUAUACUGGUAUGGUGCAAGCAACAAAGGACAUUUUUAGGGAGGAAGGCUGGCCGGGUUUCUGGAGGGGUAAUGUCCCAGCCUUGCUUAUGGUGAUGCCGUACACGGCAAUACAAUUUACAGUUCUGCACAAAUUGAAGUCAUUUGUUUCUGGUUCAUCCAAGUCAGGAGACCAUAUCAAUAUAAGUCCAUAUCUUUCAUAUGUAAGUGGGGCAUUAGCGGGAUGUGCAGCCACUGUUGGAUCCUAUCCGUUCGAUCUUAUAAGAACCCUUUUAGCUUCACAAGGGGAGCCAAAGGUUUAUCCUAAUAUGAGGUCUGCAGUCUCUGAUAUACUUCAAAGACGUGGUUUUCGAGGGCUGUAUGCUGGACUGACACCCACACUGAUUGAAAUAGUUCCUUAUGCUGGAUUGCAGUUUGGGACAUAUGAUACAUUUAAACGUUGGACCAUGGUUUGGAAUCAGUACAGAUCAGGUUAUGAUAUGGGAGCCGAUGAUACUCUCUCAAGCUUCCAGCUUUUCCUUUGUGGAUUGGCUGCUGGCACUUGUGCUAAAGCUGUAUGCCAUCCACUCGAUGUGGUGAAGAAGAGGUUUCAGGUCGAAGGGCUGCAACGUGAUCCAAGAUAUGGAGCUCGAGUGGAGCACCGUGCUUACAGAAACAUGUAUGAUUCCCUACGCCAAAUUUUGCAUAAAGAGGGCUGGCCGGGUCUAUACAAGGGCAUCACACCAUCAAUUGUCAAAGCUGCGCCCGCAGGUGCUGUAACCUUUGUUGCGUACGAGCUCACGUCAGAUUGGUUAGAGUCCCUUUUGACAUAAAUCUGUUUCUUCUUUCACCUUUCUCUUCUUCAACCAUUCAUUCCUUUUGCAUUAGAGCAAUUUUGUUACAGUUAAUCUUGAUAUGUCCCCUCAAAAUGGAGGGGUACCACCUGCAUAUUGUUUUGUACUAGGAAUAAUCCAUAGGCAUAGAUAUAGUCAAAACAGCAGAAACUCAGUGAUAUUAAUGAAACAACGUUUGACUAUAUUACUAUUUCUCUUGUAAUGAUCAUUUUGCUUCUCCCGA